AUGAGAUGGGCUUUGUCUACAACUGCAACUCAUGCUGGCAGAUUGAGCAACUUCUGGGCUUUAUCUACAACUGCAGAUGAGAUGGCUUUGUCUACAACUGCAACUCACGCUGGCUUUGUCUACAACUGCAACUCACGCUGGCUUUGUCUACAACUGCAGAUGAGAUGGCUUUGUCUACAAUUGCAACUCAUGCUGGCUUUGCCUACAGCUACAACUGAUGCUGACUUUAUCUACAACUACGACAACUGGUGCCUAUCCACAACCAAAACACUCUCCAUCCACACCUACAACCACAACGGAAUUUUACAACCACAACAGACUCCACCAACACCUACAACCACAACCGACUCCAUCUACAACCACAACCGAAAUUCACAACCACAACAGACUCCACCAACACCUACAACCACAACCGACUCCAUCUACAACCACAACCGAAAUUCACAACACAACAGACUCCACCAACACCUACAAACCACAACAGACUCCACCAACACAACCACAACAGACUCACCAACACCUACAACCACAACAGGACUCCCAUCCACAACCCCAACUGUCUAUCCACAACCACAACCGACUCCACCUACAACCCCAACUGAACUCACAACCACAACUGCCUUUAUCUCCAGCUGCGACUGCUGA